UCUUUCGAUUCCACGCGCUCGGAGUGAAAUUCGAAUCCAGGUGGAAAUCCUCAGGUGGAAAACGAAAAUCUUUAGGUACCAUGGAGCCUGCUGAGGAAAACUGGUCUGGGUUCGAUCCGAUAGCCAAGGAUUUCUACGAGGAAGUGCAGAACAAGUCCACCAACGAAUCGGGACACAUUCUUGUAGAUGGUGCUCCCGCGCCGCUCAAGAAUGAAAAGGAGAAUCGCGCCUCCAAGCAGAUCAAAUAUCCGUAUUUGGUGGUCCCCAAGAGCAGUUCCUUUGUGACCGAAACAAUGCUGAUCAACUUCUUUGGGCGUACUGUCGUCCAGGACCUGGAAUACCGCCGAGGGUCGGGCGUUUACUUUGUCUAUUUUCUCAACAUUGGAUUCUUAGAGGCAGCGCGUAUGCGAGUGGAGAAGCAUCCAAAUCUGAUCAGGGGCUUCACUGGCCGCCACCAGAAGGAGCGGGAACGAAAUAUCGAAUUCCAAUCGGCCCUUGAACCAAUGCCUAAAAGGGGUCCAGCCUUCUUGGAAACUGAACGCACCCCUAUCAAUAUCCAGCCCCAUGGGGUUCCCCUCUCUGCCGGCAGACAUAAACAUCCGGAGUUUAUCCGGCCUCCGCUGGUCACCAAGGCGGACUACCAAGGGGGAUCGCUGCUGGCCAUCAACGAUCCGAUUAAGCGAUAUCUCAAUGUCAGGUAUGAGUUCGCCCUGGAGCGCCACGAUGUCUAUAACCUGAAGGACGAGACAAGGAUGUCGCAGGUUGUUCUGCAUUUCCGUUCAGGAAGAUCCAUUCCAGUGCCAACAAUUGCUGCUGCUAAGGAGUUUAAACCCGAAAACCUGUUGGAAGAAGGCAUAAGCAAAUGUGUGGUGUGCCAGAACUGGACGGAUAUUUUCUGUAAGCUAUGCAAGAUGCCCUUUUGCAACGCCUCCUGUUUCGCGGAUGUGGACGACCUGCACAAGGAGACUUGUGGCAAGGGAGAGCUCCUUAAACUCGACGAAAAGGUGGGCCGAAAGUUCCCAAAGCCCGGACUGCCUCCGACCGGGUCCAAAGUGAGGAUCACAGCUUUCGAGCAAACCAACGUGGUCUAUGUGCGCUCGGCUGACAUUCACGUGGAUAUCGCCUAUUACGCAGUUCUCUCGGAGGUGAUGAUGAUGGGCAAAACUGCGGCCAAACUGCAGACACAGCCAGUCAGUGGACAGAUUGUGCUCUGCGAGUUUGAGACAAGAAUGUUCCGCGCCAUGGUGCUCAACGUGGACGAUCCCAAGGACAUCUAUGUGGUCUGCAUUGAUUUCGGCAGCAUUGAAGUUACGCAGCUGGAUUAUUUGUACGAAUGUAGUGCCUAUUUAGCAAGCCUGCCUUGCUAUCCCGUGGCUGUGCAGUUACGCGGAGUUCCGAGACGCCUUCUGGGCCCCAACAUAAGGGAAAUCAUGUACGAACUGGACCAAUCUUUGGUUUUCGAUAUUAAAUACUCGAAGCGCGAAUACGACUAUAGCCAGGGCUUGCAAAUCGUGGUAAUGACCGAGAUCGAAACUAGCGGCAACUUGAACCGUGUUUUUAAGACCAUAAUGACACCCGUGGAGCCGUCGUUGUCGGAACUGGGAUACAAGGAGGACUGUCUUCCACAUGUCCCAUUACCCACUGGGAAGAACAUCGAUCUAGUUGUGAUGGACAACUCGUUCCUCAACUUCGGCUUUGUCUACUGCGCUCCCAGAGAUCUGGCAUUCGAGAUCACAGCAAUGCAGAGGGACAUACAGGAGUAUGGCGAAAAGAUCGCGAAGUGCGCAACCUACGCCCCACCGAACGACGUGCUAUGUAUAGCUAAGUACGAGGGGAAGUGGUGUCGAGGUGUUUCCUUGGAACUGGUGGGCGAUGGUUAUCCCAGAAUUUUGUUUAUUGACUAUGGAAACAUUGUGCCGACCCAUGUCAGCGACAUAAGGGCCUACCCACCGCAGUUUAUCUUCCCAGUAAUGACUGUAGAGCUGUUUGUGAUUGGUUUGCCUGAUGAGCUCACCCCUGACCAGAUCAAUCGACUUGAGCAACAUUUCCCAUUGGGAGCCGCCGUGACCUGCAAUGAGAUCAUUUACAGCGAGAAGGAGAAUAAAUUUUCCGUUCGGAUUGACAACAUGCAGGAUAUUUUGAACUUCCACUAAUGUGGCAAAAAAAGAAGUUAAACGAAACUCACUGAAGUUUAAGUUUUUAAAUGAGAAUCAUUUAAAUCAUUCUUUGUUAUUAUUUUAGUUUUCCUUGAAUAAACCAGUUGAAGGCAGUCCAGACUAUCAGAGAUA